UGCAGUCAACAUUACAAAUGUAAGGGGAGGAAAAAUCAGGAGGCUAUCAGAAGUCAACACACGAGGAGAAGACCACCACUGAUUAAGCGGGUGUUCCCAGAGACUGACUGUGGAUCAACUGUCCAGAUGAGAGAGUGGAGUGAGUCGGAGAUAACCAUGUCUGCCGGUGGUUACCUCUCUCCCUCUGAUGGAUAUGGCAUCACCGAGCCUCUGCAGUACUACGAUGUGCUGGGGGAACCUUUGGGCUACCCUUUCCAGGAGCCAGACCUACAGGGCCUAGCCUUCAGCCAGCAGCAGUACAGCCCCAUCAAUGUGCAGUUCUCUGUCUACGGACCACCGUCCUCCCAGCCCUUCCAACCACUUUCCACCCACCACUACAGCCCCCACUGCCUGGACACUCCCUGCGAGCCCAGCCCGGAGCUCCAGUGUGGAAGCCUGGGGAAGGGGCGAGGUGGGGGAGGUUUGUCCCUGGUCAAGAGGACCAGGCUGGGUCCGGGAGGAAGGGUGAGGGGCCAGGAUGAGCUGUGUGUGGUGUGUGGGGACAAAGCCUCUGGCUACCACUACAACGCCCUCACCUGUGAAGGCUGCAAAGGUUUCUUCCGAAGGAGUGUGACGAAGAAAGCAGUGUACCGGUGUAAAAGUGGCGGAGGCUGUGAGAUGGACAUGUACAUGCGGAGAAAGUGCCAGGACUGCCGCCUGCAGAAAUGUCGUGCUGUGGGCAUGCUGGCUGAAUGUCUGCUGACGGAGGUGCAGUGCCAGUCCAAGAGGCUGAGGAAGGGGACCAAACACAGAGGAGGAGGGCCUGAGGAGGAGGAGAACAUGGGGAGCAGGAGAGUCAGCUCCACCAGCAGGCUACCAGGACAGGUAGUGUCUGCAAAUUUGUCAGUAGAACAGAAGCAUGUGCUGGACAGGAUGGUGGAGGCUCAUCGGCAGUACAGUACGCAGGACACUACACACUGUAGGGUGUUUGAGUCGACUUGUACAGAGGUUGGUGGAGACAGACUAACAGACAUGGCAUGCCCUCCCUCUCAGAGGCUGCUGCAGUUCGCCAAGAGUGUACCUGGCUUUGAGCUCCUGGACUGUUUGGACCAGAACACCCUCCUCUCUAGUUCAUCUGUGGAAGUCAUGUUUCUGCUAUCAGCUCAGCAGUUCACCCAGAACCCAGCAGCCUCUAGCCCAGCACUACAACCUUUCAACAUCUCUACUCAUCAUUGGCUGAAAACCUUAGAGUCCAAGGAAAACAUUCAUAGUGGGACCGGCCCUGUAAACUCAGGAGUCAAUGAGGACUUGCUAGGACCGGUGCUCAACUUCUUCCACAGCAUGGCUGCAUUGGGGGUGACGGAGGCUGAAUAUGCCCUGCUCACUGCUACAGCACUGCUAUGCUCAGCAGACGAAGCGUUGCUGCAGGCGGUGGCGUGUGUGGAGAGCUUACAGGAGCUGACCAUGGAGCUUCUGUCCAGGGUGUGCGGAGCCCGGUAUGGAACCCAGGGCCCUCAGGGAGCCCAACGUUUCGCUCGCCUGCUGGGGAGACUCACAGAGCUGCGCACGCUACGACACAACCACCUCACCCUGCUCCGACAGCAGCUCUGGGACAGUCAGCCUUGAGACAGACACUGAGUACGAAGAACAGAGAUAGAACAGAGAGACAGAGACACAAACAAAUGGUUUAAAUAAUCUACAUUUUGGCUUAAUGUUCAAUGAUUUAUCAAGUUUGUACCAAACAAUUUAAGGUAAAACUAUUGGCCAUUUAGGAUUAUUAUGUUUAUAAUUAAAAAUACCAAUACCAUUCUUCUAAGUGAUUGGUUUCUACUGUAAAGUUUGAAUCACUGACCAGUAUUAAACCAACGUGAGUUUUGUUAUAUGGAGAACGCAGAUUAAGGUAUUAAAAAAGUAUUUUAUCAUA